AUUCAUGAGUCAGCCUUCCAACCAAAUCAUCCGUUUUAAAGUGUGCCAUGAGCGCAAUGACGAUUACUCUCUUGUUAUUUUAUUGGUUUUUUUCGAACUGUAACUGUGACACAGAAAGUGUGCGGAGAAAAGAAAAAAACGAUGUGGAGCAAAACGAGGGUAUCUGGUGGCCGUUAUUGGAAGACUGGGCAAUUUCGGGAAACUACAGGCAAGGACGCAUCAUGAUGAUACCCAUAUCACCCAAUUCUUACGUGGCAGAUGAUAGAACCGACAAUUAUACGAGGGGCACCAAACUUGUACCUAGUACACCUGGAAAAAUAGUUUCAACUGGCAAUACGGUACCAAAUAAAAAACCACCAGGCCGACAAGUUUCAGAAACUGACCUUUAUCUGCUAGGAGCUAUAGAAAAAUUGGUUUACAAGGUGGACUUUAUGGAGAAGAGACUGAGGAGAGUCGAGGAAAUGUUGUAUUAUACAAUGGCUGGCAAUAGAAUUGAUACCGAACCUUGUAGAGAAAAUUUUACAAGAGUUGGAUCAAACUGUUAUCACGUGCACAGUGCUACAGGCAGGGAAUACGACUGGAAAGUAGCCAGUAAACACUGUAAAAAACUUGGAGGGUUUCUAGCUGAAAUGGAAACCAUUGAAGAGAACCAGGAUCUGAUUACUUACAUACAAAGCAAUCAACAUUUGAGAGGAAAAGACUUCUGGGUGGGUGGCCUGAAUCCAGGUUUGUUAUGGAUAUGGAGCAAUAGUGCCCGUCCUGUAGCAGCUCCAGGCUCCCAGCACAAUAAGGAAAACCCAUCAGCAGCCAUUUACGGUGAAGGGCGGUGUUUGCGAGUUGCUUACAACCCUGCCCUACGUUCUUAUGCAUACAGAGGAACAGAUUGCUCAGUCAGAUACAACUUCAUUUGUGAAGCUCCUCAAACCACAUCGAGUAAUGAGGUGAAAAGACUGGGGAGGGAAAGAAGAAUUUUGAAUGAUGAGUUGUGAACGUUCAGCACCAAAUUUUAGUGUUAUAAGUUGAUAGUAUUUUUUAUAUUAGGGAAGAUGAAUG